UGGUAGAUAACUUAGAUGAACACAGCAGCUAAAGUCACCUUUGAAGGCUGCCUGGAAAUGCAGGCGGCACUGGAGGUUACUGCCCGCCACUGCGGCCGGGAGCUGGACCAGUAUGGCCAGUGUGUGGCCGCCAAGCCUGAGUCCUGGCAACGGGACUGUCACCACCUCAAAAUGAACAUCGCUCGAUGCACUUCUAACCACCCAGUCAUCCGCCAGAUCCGCCAGGCCUGUGCGGAGCCCUUCGAGGCCUUUGAGGCGUGUCUUCGGCAGAACGAGGCGGCCACAGGCAACUGUGCGGGGCAGAUGCGCCGCUUCCUGCAGUGCGCUGAGCAGGUGCAGCCGGCCAGCCCGCCUGCCACUGUGCAGGCACAGCCACUUCCUGCCUCCUGAGGACUCUGGACUAUGUGAAAACUGGACAGGAGUGACUGGCCACUUACUGCCCCCAGCCCUGAAGAGUGACUGACAGGUGCUAUUCUGGGGGCCCUGGAUAUGGCCCCAGUCACUGGACAUCGGGACUCAAUAAAUAAAGACUGUGUACACCAGGCUUUGAUUCCUGCCUUCAGCACUUGAGGGCCCUAGACUCCCUGGGACUUCCAGAAGACGGCACAGGACAUCCCUCACUCUCCAAGGGGCAACUCAGCCUGCACUGUGGGGUUGAGCGGCUCCUGCCAUCAGAAGAGUCCUGAGCAGCACUCAGCACACAGGAGGGGGACCCCAGAGUGCUAAGCUCUGCAUGCCUGUACCCAGAUUUACCAUUCAGACCUGUUGCUCCCCUGGAGGUGACUCCAAAUCUUUAGAAAUUGGAAGUGACUUGCCAGUGCUGACUAGACUGGCCAUUUGAAGCCUGAGGCUUGUGCCCUGGCUUGGGAAAAAUAAGCUAGAUUGUGUCCUGGGAUAUGAUCUUUAAGACAAAGGCAAUUGGCCUGGGAGCUAAGGUGUAAGUCCAAGUGGUCAGGGUGGAGGAAGCAAUGCAGUCCCUGAAGGGCUGUGAGAUCUGGUGGCUUUUGUUUCCAGCUCCAGUUUCCUUGGGUUGUCUACUGAUCCCUCCAGUUUCUGUGCAUGUUUUUGGCCAACUUCACUUCGCCUAAGUGGGUUCUGCUCCAUGUAACUGAGAAGUGUGAUAACAGACAAGACAAGAUCGAGACUACAUUUCAGGAUAUCUUCAAGUAGGCUAGAUCAGCUCCCCACGUGGUGACCUCAGGGGUUCAGGGGAACCAAAUGGAAGCCUUAAACCUGUACCACACACCAUUGGUCAAAGCAAGCCCUGAGACAGGAGUGACGGGGGGUGGAGGGGACAGCACCUCUCAAUGGCAUUUAGCUUGAAAGACUUCUUUCCUGUGUUUAAACUACCAUAAAAACUUCAUAGUUUC